AUGGCCGGUAUCGAGCCCCCGCCGCCCCCGCCGCCCGAGCCCGCUGUGGAAGUGACUUCGGUGGACCUGAAUCCGACAGAGGAGUGCGCGUUCGAGGAAGGGCUGGGCCUUGCGAUUGGCUUCACCACAGAUGCGCCCCUUCCAGGCUACUGCUGGCGUGUAAGCUACGUCGUGGACACCUCGAAGAGGCGGGUGAUCGUCGACCUCGGUUCGACGGAGGUGACCGAUUACGCGCCGGGGCACAAUGCAAUGACCUUUGCAGGGGCCGGCCUGGACAUCAACGAG